UAACUGUAUUGCGACUAUUGACUAAGUACUACUUGAGGUGUAUCUUUCAAUAGAACUGCUGGUGUGGAGCACUACUAUUAAUUAUUACAAGUGGUGAUGCUGAAGUGCACUUCUGUAUUUUGGUUAUUGCUGUGGUGUACUUCGCGCUGUUACGCUACGUGGUGGCUGAUUACUUGGUGUAGACAAGCGCAGUGGUGUCCAAACUUUUUUUUUCAAUUUAUUUUGGGUUUAUUAGCUAUACUGAAUCCUUCGACUUCGAGACGGACCACCAUCAACAAACUAAGGGAUAUCAUUGCAACACCCGGCGAAAAAAUUAAAUUGUUAUGGGUACCUGGUCAUAUCGGUUUAUUGGGAAAUGAGCAGGCUGAUCGAGCGGCAAAGUAUGCUGCUUCUGUUCCUCUAUUUAUGAAUGAUGUCAAGGAAACGUUGGAUCUUCAAGGAUACAUUGGAAGAAGAGUUAAAGAGAAAAUUACAGAAGGAAAUCUACAAUAACAUCAUCAGCACUACUGUUUUAUUAA